AUGUCUAAAGGAAAAGUUUGCCUUGCCUACUCCGGUGGCCUUGACACCAGCUGCAUCCUCAAGUACUUGAUUGAGGAUGGCUACGAAGUCGUCUGCUUCAUGGCCGAUGUCGGUCAGGAAGAAGACUUCGAGGCCGCGCGUGAGAAGGCUCUGAAGAUCGGUGCCCUCAAGUGCGAGAUCGUCGACAUUCGUCGCGAAUUCAUUGAGGAGCUCUGUUUCCCCGCGAUUGCCUGCAAUGCUGUCUAUGAGAACGUCUAUCUGCUUGGCACAUCUCUUGCACGCCCCGUCAUUGCCCGUGCUCAGAUCGAAGUUGCCCAGCGCGAAGGCUGCUUCGCCGUCUCCCACGGUUGCACUGGCAAGGGUAACGAUCAGGUUCGCUUCGAACUUGCCUUCUACGCCCUUCAGCCCAACAUCAAGGUCAUUGCGCCCUGGCGUGACCCCGUCUUCUACGAGCGAUUCCCCGGCCGCAACGACCUCCUCGCCUACGCUGCCGAGAAGGGCAUCCCCGUCACAUCAACCAAAUCCAAGCCCUGGUCCAUGGACGAGAAUCUGGCUCACUGCUCUUACGAGGCCGGCAUCCUCGAGGAUCCUAACAUCACUCCUCCGGCCGAUAUGUGGAAGCUGACCCAGGAUCCUCUGACCGCUCCUGACCAGCCUGAGGACUUCACUCUCACCUUCGAGAAGGGUGUUCCUGUGAAGUUGGAGUACACUGAGAAGGGUCAGCAAAAGACCGUUACCGACUCUGUCGAGCUCUUCCUGACUGCCAACGCCAUUGCCCGCCGCAACGGUGUUGGUCGUAUCGAUAUUGUCGAGAACCGCUUCAUCGGUAUCAAGUCCCGAGGUUGCUACGAGACCCCCGGUCUUACCUGCCUGCGCGCUGCUCACAUUGACCUCGAGGGCCUUGUGAUGGAUCGUGAGGUCCGCGCUCUCCGUGACUCCUUCGUCACCUUCAACUACUCCAAGCUCCUGUACAACGGCAUGUACUUCUCUCCCGAGCGUGAGUUCCUCGAGGCGUCCAUCACCGCUUCCCAGAAGAGCGUCAACGGUGUUGUCCGUUGCCGCGCCUACAAGGGCACCAUGAGCGUGUUGGGCCGAUACUCCGAGACCGAGAAGCUCUACGAUAUGACCGAGUCUUCCAUGGAUGAGAUCGGUGACUUCUCCCCCGCUGAGACCACCGGGUUCAUCAACGUCUCGGCUAUCCGUCUGAAGAAGUACGGCCAGAUGAAGGCCGCUGCCGGCGAGAGACUUUAA